AUGGAGGGGGGCGGUAGACCCCUCCAAGAAGCUCUCGCCUCUCUGAUGGUGCACCGGAACUCGGUUCCCAACCGCGAAUUGGUAGACUCCUCCCCGGCCGGGCAGCAGCUUCAGCAGCAACUGCAGCAGCAACUGCAGCAGCAGCUUCAGCAGCAACUGCAGCAACAACUGCAGCAACAACAUCUCCAGCUGCAUCAACAGCAACAGCUUCAGCAGCAGCAACAGCUGGCAACCGUUAAGGAUGCCCUCGUGUCAAUCAGGGAAAGCCUGUUGCUUUCUCAGGGGAGGCAGAGGCAGCAACAGGAGCAGCAGCGGCACCAGCAACCACAACGGCACCAGCUACCACAACGGCACCAGCUACCACAACGGCAGCAGCAGCAGCAACAGCAGCACCAGCAGCAGCACCAGCAGCAGCAGCAGCAGCAGCAGCUCGCAGCGCGAUGCGGCAACCAGGGCUACCGGCAAGGGAACAGGCAGGAGCAGCAGCAACAGAGCCAGCAGGAGGAGGAAUUGCAGCAACAGCAGCAGCAGGUCCUGCUGCUGCAGCAGCGGCUGCAGGAGCGCCCGAGCCCUUUCCAAGGGGUAGCCAUCAAUGCGAAAGAGUUGGAGAGGAUUCAGCAGCAGCAGCAGCUUGUGCUUUCCCUUUUGCACAGACGGUUGCAGCUGGAGGCACAGCAGCAGCAGCAGCAGCAACUGCAGCAGCAACCGCAGCAGGAGCAGCAGCAACAGCAUCAGCGGCAGCAGCAACAGCAGCAGCAGCAGCUGCAACAGCUUCAGCAGCAGCAGCAGCAGCUGCAUCAGCUUCAGCAGCAGCAGCAGCUGCUGCAGCAGCUUCAGCAGCAGCAGCAACUACAGCAGCAGCUACACCGGCAACUGCAACAGCAGUUGCAGCAGCAGCUGCUGCAGAGCAGCAUUGGCAUUGCGAACGCUGCAAACGCCGGUUCCACAAACGGCACCAUCGCUACCAGCUGCGGGAGCAACAGCAGCAGCGGGUCUCCCAACAGCAGCGAGCUGAACAGCGCAGCGCCACAACACGCCGGCAGCGGGAGUGCCCAAGAGGCAGAGGCCGUUAGCGGCAACAGCACCAGCUGCAGCACAACUGGCUCGGCAACAGCAACUUCUGCUGCGGCUGCACCAGAUGCAGGCGGGGAUCAGGUGCAGCUGCUGCAGAAUGGAGACUACACAACAAUCCAGUUGCUUAAGGCAGCGAAGCAGAAGCCGAAGGUGGAGGGGGUUUGUUUCGACAGGUUCUUCAGACGAUGGGUAGGUUCCGGUUGUAUUCUUUGGAGACAUGCGGUCGUAUUCGCUGGGGACAAGAGUGCAGAAUGCCUCGGAGACGUAUCUUCGUAUGGGGUGGCUAAGAAGAGCGGCACCAAGAAGUUGUACUUCCCCGUCCACAAGUUCGGAUUCGAUAGAGGCUACGAGUUGGCAGUGCAGACGAGGAGGGAUCAUCUCCUAACGCCGAAGGGGUCCUCUGGAGAGAAGCCGUCAGACGGUUCUACUUCUGGCGUUAAUGAGCAGGGGCCCUCUGGACUGCUGGCUGCAAAUGGGGGGCUGCAGUCGGAGGGUGCAGGUGUCUCUACAGGCCAGAGGGGCAGAGGGCAGAAGGCGAGACGACGGCCACAGGUAUCGUCGGAGGUAGAGAGGCGGAUAUCUCUUCUGGAUUUGCUGCUUCAAGAGCUGACGACCGACGUGAUUGGAGCGGAAAGGGACGGUGGUGCUUCUGGGGGAAGUGCAGCACCACGCCAUCGGCAUGACCACGAGCAGAUCGGGCAACAGCAGGGUUUGGAGCCAGAAGAAGCUGAUGGAAUUGGAGAUGUGGGAGCAGGAGUCUCUGAGUCCCUGUCGCCUCUGACGGUUUCAAGCGGAAGGAGUGGAGAGGAGGGCACUGCUACUGUGCCGGCAGUUCUAGCGCCUCCUCCGUCACAGUCGGCGGCAUCGGCUGCAGCUUCAGGAUCAGGAGGCUCUGCUGCUGCUGCUGUUGGUGGUGGUGGUGGACCAGGCGCACAAGGGGGGAACCGUGGGGGAACAGUUCAGUGCCCAUGUGUAGCAGAAGCUCUACAUCGCCUCAGCCUCUUUAAACUUGAGACGCUCGGCAUCAGCGCUCCCGUCAACCCCGAGAGGACCCCAAGAGAUGCAAUUAGGCUGGCUGAAGCCCUCGCGCCCUUCCCUCCGGGGAUUCGAUUCGACAAGUCCACCUUCAGGUGGUUUGCUCUCUUUCGAGAUAAAGCGACGGGCGCGAAGAGGGCAAAAACCUUCACUGCCAGGAUGUAUGAUGGCUGUGUGUUCAAGGCAUACGAGGCUUAUGGCAUUCGAACUCCAACGCGGACAGGACGGGAGGAGGAGGUGCUAAAAUCGGUGUUGGUCGGGGACGGCAGCAGCGGCAGCCGCGCGCUACUGCAUGCGGACACUUCAGCGAAUCAGGACGCUGUGUUUCGCAAGCGGGUGCAGGCACUGCGGGGUCCUGUCCCUAACGAGAUGGGUUCCCCCGCUGAGCAGCAAGGGGGUCUUGUGGCACUUGGUGCAGGGCGAGGAAGCGGUGGUUCUUUGUCUGCGCUUGUGCAUGCGGAGCUGGAGAGAGGGUUUGUGCCGGCUUCUUCUGUGGAACGGAGCGACUUCGUGGAAGACGGAGACAUACUUGACGCCCUUAUCACCGGGCGAAGCCCGCGUCGUCGUUCGCGCCGUCUUGCCGUGGGCAAACGGAGGAGGCUGCAUGGGACACCCAACGAAGAGGGCUUGUCGUGUGAGGAGACGGGAGGCCCCCAGUUAGGCGGUGGUGUAUCUCCUGUGGAGUGGGCUUUGAUGGAAGGGGGUCGCCACUACGCACAGGCGGGCCACAGCAGCAGCAGUAGCAGCAGGAGAGGAAGCAGGUCGGCGAGCGAUGUGGCCACUAGUUGCAAAUGCGCAUACGCUGCUGUCUGUGGAGAGUGUGUGGUGGCGCUGCAGUGUAGUGAUUUGGGAUUCUGCCUGCAGUGCCUUCCGCUGCAGACACGUAUGAUGCUGCGCACUGCGCUGUUGAUAUGCCUCGACAGCCUGCAGACUGCCAUCUUGAAGAGGCUGUCGUUUUCAAAGGAAGACAAAUGGAGACGCUGGGUGGCGGUACGUCACCACAGGGAGAAGGUGGUACAUGCGGCAGUUUGGGGCCCGCACAAUGGGGCCCCCACAAAGCGGCCGCCUUCUCCUACGCCUGCCUACGAGUUGCCUCUUAGCUCUCUUUCAGAAAACGGUGGCGACUUGAGUGAUGCGACUGCAACAGAGGAGGCCCAACAAGAGCAGCAGCAGCGGCGUAAGCCACAUCGCUGCUGGGGGGAUGUAAUACCCUACCUGCACAUCUUCUGGCCAUUCGUUGAGCAGCAGGAGGUCCCGGGGGGUAUUGACGUGUGCUCGAUUGCUGCUCUGCUGGAGCAGCUGCAUGACGUCGCUAGGCGGGACCCUCGUGCCUUCCCUCGUUAUCCUCUGCUCUCUGAAAUUGAACGCUUUGGAGGAGAAUUUGCCUUCGGCGCCAUUUCCGACCCCCUCUUCGAACAAGCCUACAGCGCGUGCGGCAAACACAACUCGGAUGAAGAGAAUGAGAAGCCCAUUCUUACUCUUGGCAAUGCAAGCCCCCUCUAUGGAUAG